AUGCCAGACCUCGUUCUCGACAGCUCCGCCCUCACGCCGGAUCUGCGGGUGUGCUUCAAGCCCCUCGACAACGUGCAAGGCGGCGGGUGUCACCUUGAGGUGUACACGGUCCCAGACGCCAGCAAGCCCACCCCUGUGGUACUUAUGAUGCACGGUGGCGGUUGGACCAUGGGUGGCCCGACUUCUAUUCCGUACGCCCAAGUGCGAUGGUUGCGUGAGCAUGGCAUCGCCGCCGCCUCGGUCGAGUAUCGCAUGGUACCUCACGUCAAGAUGAAGGACAUGCGUGAAGACUGCCUGGACGCGUUCCGUUUUGCUCAGUCGGGUCUGAACGUGGCCCUCGCUGCGGCCAACCUGUCUACCGUUGACCCCACCCGUAUUGGCGCAUGGGGUGCCAGUGCGGGCGGUACCCUUGUCCUCUUCCUCGGUGCCGAUGUUGGAGACCUGGUCGCGAGCGACAACACCAUUCCUCCCCUCCGUGCCAUAAUCCCGACGUACCCCUUGGCCGACUUCCAUCGGUUUGAGCCCGGAGGUGAACACGCAGAGGACAAGUUUGAUGAAGUGUGUGCCGCCGAUCCCGACUUCAAGGCCAAGUACGAUGCCCUUCUUGCGGACAAGUGCCAGGUAUCGGCGGCGUGGACCACGGAGGAGCAGACACCGACUCCUGAGCUGGCGAGGAGGUGGGAAUUCAGUCACCAGGCGCUCCACAAUGGCACUCUCGUACCUCUCCUGUUCGACUCUAUGCCCCUCUCGCCCGCUGCAUCGCCCCUGGGUGCUCUGAGCGCACGCAUGCCGCCCACCUUUGUUGUUGUGGCAGAGGCCGACCAGCUCAUCCCCCCAUCCCAAAGCUACGCUGUUGUCGAAAAGCUGAAGAGCCUCGGCGUCGAUGCUGCCGCCGGAGCAGGCAAGGACCUCCCGCACGGUCUGGCCGAGAUGCUCCCCCACCAACCUGCUUGGCCAGCCGGCAACAAGUGGUGGGAAGAUGCAAUCGAGCCCAGCUUGGUGUUCAUGUCCAAGUAUCUUAGCAACUAG